GAACUUUAGUACAUUGUCUCGAGCUGUUUUGCUUACAGUGAGUCAGGAGCUCGAAAAGAAGCGAAGUCGACCGAGAAUUCAACAUUUAAUAGCUCCUUUUUACCACAUUCAAGUCCAGUUAUGCCGUCUGACAGACCCUUCAAACAGAGACGGAGCUUUGCUGAUCGUUGCAAGGAAGUGCAGCAGAUACGAGAGCAGCAUCCCAAUAAAAUUCCAGUGAUCAUUGAGAGAUAUAAGGGGGAAAAGCAACUUCCCGUCUUGGACAAGACAAAGUUCCUUGUCCCUGACCAUGUUAACAUGAGUGAGCUGGUAAAGAUAAUCAGGCGUAGACUGCAGCUCAACCCCACCCAGGCCUUUUUCCUUCUUGUCAAUCAGCACAGCAUGGUCAGUGUGUCCACCCCCAUUUCUGAGAUCUACGAACAAGAGCGAGAUGAAGAUGGCUUCCUCUACAUGGUUUACGCCUCCCAGGAGACCUUUGGUUGCUAAGCAGGCCACUCGACCUUUGAGGGAGGGAUAGCAGAGAGAGGGAAAGACAGCAACAGGAAGCAGGCUCACCCAAACGUACCCCUUCUUUCUCUCUCCAUCAUCACUGCUCCUCCCUUGCUGGUAUGAAUCUAAAUAAAACCGUUGAUUCUUGUCUAUGUGACACUACAGUGCAAACCACAGCACUACUGUAAACACUAUUCUGACCCUUUGACCCAUUUCAAACUUAGUUGUUUUCCUUUAUAAGCUCAGCAUAGGUAUUACACUGUUUAUACUUUGUAUUUGGGCCUAGUAGCUCUUUUCCCCUUGCGUUUUAUUACUUUUAGGCCGUUAUGUCAAAUAAUUAGUAACGCAUAUUGCUGUAAAUAGGUGUGUGUGUUUUUUUUUUUUUUUUUAGGAUUAAUUUACUGUCUGUUUGCUCGUAGUAAUUACCAGACCUUAGUGGUGCUGGUGUAAGAUUGUAAAAUCUUACUUCAGAAUUAAGUGCUUAUUUAAACCAAGUAAUUAAUCAAGAUGCAGCGUAAUUCUCAUCAAAUUUCCUGUUAGAUCCAUUCUGUGGUUCUCAAAACAAAACUGUAAGGAGACCAAUGGCUCCAAAGGUGUAAUUAUAAAAAUGAUUUAAACUAUCAGAGGGUUUCUGAAGCCUUUAUGAGCCUGUGUUUAUUUCUGGGCUCCUGUGUAAAAAUAACUCAUCAUUCAUUUAUUGUAGAAUAAAGAUAUCGCCUGACGGUAACUGUAGUCAAAAGCCACAUUGAUCUGUACUGUACACGUGUGAGCCAGAAGAACAUCUUUUGGCAUACAGUAUUCUGCAGUCAGCCUCACAUAAUCUUUAGUAGAUGCGAAUAAAAUGCUUUUUUUGCACAAUUAAAACAUCUAAGAGGACAACUUAUUAGAAGUUCAACAAUUAUAGUACAUAAUUAUAUUCUCCUUUAUACUUGUUUUUUUUCCUCCUGUGUCACCAUACGAGCUGUAUGCCUUCUGUUAAAUCUCAGAUGAAAGGAUCGUGAUGCCCUACUUUGCAUGUUUUUUUCUCAACCUUUUUUAUAUUGAUUUUAUGCUAUAGAUUUAAUUAUUUCAGCUUUAUUUAAAGAAAAACAAACUGAGACUUUUUAGAUGUUUUGAAACCAAAAAAAACAAAAAACAAAACUGAAAUAUGUAUGUCUAUGUAUGUUUGAAAUGUUUGAAAAACAAGUGUGUGUAUAAAUCAUUGUACGAAAUGAU